AUGAAUGCCAUUGGUGUUGCAACUAUGGCUGAAAACUACCAGAAGUUCAAUCCUACAGCCUACUUGCAGAACAACUACAUGCCACCACGUGCCAAUUUCACUAGUGAGGAGUUUGUGGUGCCCUGGAAGCUCCGUUGCCUGGCAGAUGCCUUUGCCACAGGAAAAAUCAGGGGCCACACUCUUAUUGAUAUCGGCACAGGCCCCACCAUCUACCAGCUCCUCAGUGCCUGCGACUACUUUGAGGAGAUUGUGGCCACUGACUUCUUGGAAGUGAACCGGGCUGUGAUUCAUAAUUGGGUGCACAGUGAAGAAAAAGUUGGCUUUGACUGGUCCUCUUAUAUCCAACAUGUUUGUAAGAUUGAGGGCAAAGGGGAACCAUGGAAGGAGAAAGAGCAAAAGCUGAAGAAGAAGCUGAAAAAGAUCCUUCCCAUUGACAUCCACCAACCCAACCCACUGGGUUCUUUGCUCAGCCAGCCAGCUGAUGCUUUGGUGUCUACUUUUUGUCUAGAGGCUGCAAGCCCUGACCGCCCAAGCUUUGAUCAAGCCCUUCAGAAUGUCACCAGGCUUCUCAAACCCGGUGGCUAUUUUCUCAUGAUUGGGGCUUUGGAAGAGUCUUUCUACUUAGCUGGAGAAGCAAAGCUGACAGUGGUGCCCCUGAGUGAAGCAGACAUCAAGGAAUCAUUUGCAAAAAGCGGCUAUCGCAUCCAUGACUUCCGUUCCUACGACAUGCCACCAAACCUGAAGAUUGGAGUUGAUGACGUACAAGGGAUCUUCUUCAUCCAUGCACAGAAGUUUGCUUGAUUCCAGUUUGCCUAGAAGCUGUUUUUUC